GUCCCUGGUCCCACAUGGAGGAUGAGGACUGCCCCGAGCUGGUGCCGAUAGGCGUCGGCGUCGUGCGGGACAGCGAGCCUGACUCCGGCAGGAAGAUCCCCGUGACCAUCAUCACGGGCUACCUAGGUGCUGGGAAAACAACGCUUCUGAAUUACAUUCUGACUGAGCAACAUAGUAAGAGAAUCGCAGUGAUACUGAAUGAAUUUGGAGAAGGGAGUGCACUGGAGAAAUCCUUGGCAAUCAGUCAGGGAGGAGAACUCUAUGAAGAAUGGCUGGAGCUAAGAAAUGGCUGUUUGUGCUGUUCAGUAAAGGACAAUGGUGUGAAGGCUAUUGAGAACCUCAUGCAAAAGAGAGGAAAAUUUGACUAUAUAUUGUUAGAAACAACUGGUUUGGCAGAUCCAGGAGCUGUGGCCUCCAUGUUCUGGGUUGAUUCUGAGCUGGGAAGCGACAUAUAUCUUGAUGGCAUAGUAUCUGUUGUUGAUGCGAAGCAUGGAUUGCAGCACUUAACAGAGGAGAAGCCAGAAGGUCUUGUCAACGAAGCGUCACGGCAGGUUGCUUUAGCUGAUCUUAUAAUCAUCAAUAAAACAGAUUUGGUUUCGGGGGAAGAACUGAAUAAAGUCAGAACCUCUGUCAGGUCAAUAAAUGGACUCGUCAAAAUUUUGGAGACACAAAGGUCAAGAGUUGAUCUUUCCAAUGUGCUGGACCUGCAUGCUUUUGACAGUCUAUCUGGAAUAAGCUUGCAGAAAAAAAUUGAGAAUAUGAAGACAACACAUUCACAUCUAGAUAAGGGUAUAAUGACAGUAACAUUUGAAGUCCUGGGAAAUAUUAAGGAAGAAAACCUAAAUCUCUUCAUACAGAAUCUCCUGUGGGAAAAGAAUGUGAAAGAUAAGGCUGGACGUACCAUGGAUGUCAUAAGACUGAAGGGACUCGUAUCUAUUCAAGGCAAAUCUCAUCAAGUGAUAGUCCAAGGUGUCCAUGAGCUCUAUGAUCUGGAAGAGACUGCAGUAGCAUGGAAGGAAGAUGAAAAAAGAACAAAUAGACUCGUUUUAAUUGGUAGAAACUUGGAUAAGGACAUCAUCAAAGAAGUAUUCAUAGAAACUGUGACAGAGAAGCAUGAAAAUAGUUGACACUGGAUAUAAACAAGAUUAAAAGUCUUGUGCUUAACUCUGCAAGCUUUUUAUGACAAGAAGGACUGAAUGACACACAGUGCAGUAGUCCCUUUUUCCCCUUCCAACCUACUGGACAGUUAAACUCUCAAGUCUUGCUGAGAAUCCCUGCUCACCUACUGUUAAAAGAAUAGCUCUUAUGGUCUAGAAUCAAACACAAAAAAAUUCUAGCAUUUUGAGUUAGGCUUAAUUUAUGCUGAUGAAUUCAUUUAGCGUUGCAAAAGUACAGAUAGGGAAAAGACUUGUUUCUGUUGUAUGUUGAAAAAGGCCAUAAAUUACAGUAGGUGUAUGUGGUAAGGAUGUUCUAUUUCUUUUUUGCUGUAAUGAUCUCUUAAUAAUAAAUUAGUAUUGAUUUUUGCCAGUCAUGUAAUCACAGAAAAAAGUACUUAGUAUUUCCUAUUAAACUUUCUUGCAUAGCUUUCCACUUAUUCUUUGAUUUUUAAACGCAUCCAUCCGUCCCAGGUAACAAACCUGUGGUAUAAAUGAAAGUAAAAUGUGCAGCCAGUCUCCACACAGCAGCUGUCCUCUCAGCUCAGUUCUACUGGUUUGUUUUGUUUGUUUGCUUGCUUGUUUUGUUUUGUUUUUAAUAUGAUGUCUCAUGUUAUAGAAUGUCCCUCUGGCCAGUUUAGGUCAAUGGUCCUGGUUCUGUCCCAUCUCAGCUCUUUGUGCCUAUGCAGCAGCCCUUUGCUGGCAGGACAGUAAGAGGCACUGUAAAACAUCCUUGGCUCUGUGCAGCACUGCUCAGUAACAGCAACAUACUGGUGUGUUACCAACAUUGUUUUUCUCCUAAAGCCAAAACAGCAUUGUUCCAGACACUAAGAAUAAAAUCAGCUCUGUCCAGCUGAAAUGAGAACACUAGCAGAUAUGAAUUGAUACAUCAUGUCAUUAGUAUUAGGUAGCUUGAAGAAGUUUCCACAAACCAGAAACUAAUGCAAGGUAAAAAGAACAACUUUGUGGUAACAUUGCUGUUUAGAAUCAAAUAAUCACAGAAUAUCCUAAACUGGAUGUUCCUCCAUACAGGAACACUCAAAAAUUGAAACGCUGGGGUUGAGAGCAUUGUCCCGAUCCCCCUUGAACUUCAGCAGCUUGGGGCAGUGACCACUGCCCUGAGGAGCCCAUUCCAGGGCCCAGGCACCCUUUUUCCUGAUACUCAACCUGACCCUCCCCUGACAGCUCGACGCUGUUCCCUUGGGCUUUCAGCACUGCUGGUGCUUGAGUUACAUAGAAAUUUUGUCAGUUUCUCUUAGCAGUCACGUCCCUUCAGUUUGGAAGCUAGUGUGUAUACAUACUCGCAACUCCGCAGAUUCUAGAUUGUGUAAAUGACACUUUCCUGUAUACAAGACAAAUGAUUGCUGUCAAUUAAGGGCUGAGUUACUACAUAAAUGCAAAAUCAUAAAUUAUGCAUUUGUACUGAGUGCUCUUUAUAUUUCAUUACAUAUAAGGAAAGCAAUCAGUUACCUUUAUCAUAGCAAUAAUUAAGAAGUCUGUUAUCUGUGGAAAGAUAAUUAAUUUUCUGUGAAGUGCCUAGCUGGUCAUUCAUUGUUGGUUUGAAAGAGGUGUACGGAGGCUUAAUACGAACGACUUCCAUGAGUCGUAAGAGAACAAACAAUGGAUGCCUUACACAUUCACUGUCAGAUUUUAAAUACAUGCUUUUUGUAUUUGCAAAUGAACUACAUAUUCUGAAAAUACCAGCAGGACUGUUGCACUACUGCAUGGGAGCCCAAUAUCUUGGCUUGCCUGGGCUGUAUUCAGUGAAUAGAAAUUGUCUUGGGCCACGUGUACAUGCAUCACUCCAAAAUCAAUGCCUGGUUUCCAUUUAUUUCCAUGGGAAUUACAUCUGAUGAUAGAGCAAAUCUCAGCUACAAAACUGUUUUUCAACACAGUCACCAUCAUUAGCUGUGCUUUUUCACCUACAAUGAGCAAGAGCCUGUGUGCUGUGGCCAUAAACGUCUGUACCCCCUAUCACCACAGCUGGAACGCACCACCCGCUGCCUCGCUGUGCUCAUAUCUGCUGUUUGGUCUUCAGAAACAUGCAGUAAGUGCUGGUGAAUGUCAAUGGGUGCAAUCUUUUCUGCAUGGAGGAAUUCAGUGAUGCACGUACACACUUCUGUGCCAGACACCAUUCUGUCAGAGGGCUCCUCUGCUGCCAUCUGUCACACAGUAGCAACGCGUAAUGGAAUAUUGGUGGGAGGGUUCAGCCUCUGCUGACAAACGACCAACGCCUGCGUCUGAUGUUAUGGGCCAACAUAAUAAAACAGGAGGCAUUGCUUUCAGAGCAGCCCUUGCACAGCAUGCAAUAUUGUUAAGAUAUAAGUUACAAAACAUUUUAAAUAUUUUUUUCUUAAAACAAUAAAAAAGGAACAAAAAAACUAGUGGGACACCUGACUUUGUGAAAGUGGUGCACCAGUGCAGUUCGAUGUCUGUGGCUGCAAAGCUUAGUGAGUUCUCAAGGUGUUCAUCAGAGAUUUUUGAUGAAAUUUUACUUUUCCUGUGCUUCAUCCUUGACAAGAAUUGUUCAAAAUGUGUGAGCUGCCAAAAAGUGAUGACAUGAAUAAGGAUAAUCUUGAAGCAAAGAGUACUUUCCUCUGCUAAGACAGGGAUCAUGAAAGUCCAGUAAAGAGACGUGAUCUGA